AUGUGUAGCUCCGACAUCUUCCUGGCCGUGUUGGCCGUCUUCUUCCCACCCAUCGCCGUUUGGAUCAAGGCAGGUCUCUGCUCCGCUGACUCCCUCAUCAACAUCGCCCUCUCUCUUCUCGGCUACGUUCCCGGUCUCAUUCACGCAUGGUACAUUAUCCUCAAAUACCCAGACCCCGACUACGACGAUGCAGCCUAUGAGCCUAUCCCCGGUGGCUCCAGUCAGCGUCGCGAUCUUGAAGAUGGUCGCCCUCCCCAAAAUCCCACCCAACGCGGAUACGGAACCGUGGACCAGCAACCACGUCCUCAGGCUGAUGCUUCCAGCCACCCGCAAGGUGAAGGCGGCAGCAGCCACGCGCCCCCCACCUACGCCGAGGCUGUGAGGGGUGACAACAAGGUGCAGACCCAAGACUGA